AAGUUCUGGAUCUCGAACUAGAUACUCGUGGACUGCUUUGGUCACGGAGUACUCGGAAGAGAUUGGCUCAUCGGCUGCCCUCGGUUUAUGGGAACAUUAUGAGCGAACGUGGAACUACUCAGGCAGGAUACCGUCCGAUGAUAGAGGGGUCGAAUGAAAUCAUAGCGUUUGUACGAGGUUCGUCGUGCCAUUCGUUCAGUUACAGCAGCAUGAGAUCAAGCUUUCUUCUACAAUCGUCGAAGUAGGCCGAAUCCUAACUCAUCAUGUCUUGCAGGUGCCUUGUCAUCAAGGCCAGGCGCACUCUCAAUUACUAGCAGAUCAAGUGACAAACGAAGCUGUAUAUAUUGUUCUGAGUCAUUUCCAUUCCCGGCAAGAUAAAAUAUGCUCUAGCUUGAUGUGUGGCGACUUGGUUGUUUUGCAAGUUUCGAGGCUUGAAGCAGGAAACGUCACCGUGACGCUGUGUAUUCCCAGCACAUUGUAUAUAUUGACAUCUCAGCGCUUCUUUUCCAAAACUCAAUAAACUAACACUUAAUUCUCUAUCCGAGUGUCCUAAUAUCACACAGACACUUUCUAGAGAGCAGCCAACAUGACUGACAAGUCCCAAUUUGAAUUUGGCCACCAGAUCCCUGUCCACCACCAGGAUAGGCCAGGAUUCCAGCAUAAGAUCCCUGAUCCAAAGCCAGUUUCCGAUAAGCUUCCCACAGAGGACGGCGGGUAUCAGUUGUACAAGGCAGCAGGCAAACUGCAAGGCAAGCGUGCCGUGAUUACAGGAGGAGACUCUGGCAUUGGAAGGGCUGUUGCUAUUCUCUACGCAAUGGAGGGAGCCUCAAGCCUAAUCGCCUACCUCGACUCCGAGGAGAAAGACGCACAAGAAACGAAAAAAGAAGUCGAGAAAUACGGAGCUAAAUGCUUCCUCUUCCCCACUGAUCUGCGCAAAAGAGAAAACUGCAAAGCAGUCAUUGACAAGGCCGUCGAGCAACUUGGCGGUAUCGAUAUUUUGGUAAACAAUGCUGCUUUUCAGAAAAUGCUUCCAGAUAUUAAGGACCUUUCCGAGGAGCAAUGGUUGAACACUUUCAACACAAAUAUUCAUCCUUACUUCUUCCUCGCCAAAUAUGCAUUGCCACACCUCAAACGAGGCUCAACCAUCAUCAAUUGUGCUUCAGUGAACCCCUACGUUGGACGAGGAGAUCUACUUGACUACACUUCUAGCAAAGGUGCCAUUGUCGCAUUCACAAGAGCAUUGUCUAACCAGCAAGUCGGCAAAGGCAUCCGAGUCAAUGCCGUUUGUCCUGGUCCGAUUUGGACGCCUUUGAUUCCAUCUACAAUGACGACAGAAGCGAUGGAGCAGUUCAGCGGUGUCCCUAUGGGUCGCCCGGGACAGCCCAGCGAGGUGGCCACCUGCUUCGUGUUCCUCGCAAGUCAAGAUAGCAGCUAUAUGUCUGGACAGUCUUUGCACCCCAAUGGAGGUGUGGUUGUUGGUAGCUAGAUUACUUGAAAGCAGACAAUUACAUGUACAAAGUGAUGUGAAAAUACAAAUCACAUAAUCAGCCGACGU